AUGAUCGUUUACUUUUUGUUCGAAGUAAGCCUUUUUCAGGAGGUGGAAGCUGAUGUUGGUGGUGUGGUAUGGGACAGUGCUUUAGUUGCUGCUUAUUAUUUCAUCAAAAAUUCAGAGAGAUACCAAAAUAAAAAGGUACUUGAAUUAGGAGCAGGCACAGGUAUAUGUGGCCUCGUUUUGGCAGCACUUGGAGCUGAUGUUAUACUCACCGACUUACCAUCACGAGUAACACUCUUGCAAAAGAACUACGAAAUCAACAAAUCUGCCUGCUGUGGCUCUGUGACGAUCCAGCCGUUAGACUGGACGUGUCCUGGCCAUGUACCAGACGUAGACUUAUUGGUUUUAGUCGAUUGUAUCUAUUAUUUAGACAGUGUUGACCAUCUUAUAAACACCUUGAAUUCCUUCAAUGCAAAAGAAAUUCUAUGUGUUUACGAAAAACGGGACAUUGGUGAACCGGUUUUCGCUCAGAAAGUCUUUCUAGAGAAAAUUGUUCAAUACUAUGAUAUCGUAUCUGUGCCUGAUUCUGAUCUUCACAAUGAGUUUUCAUGUUCUGAUGAGAUACCAUUGAUAAAGCUUAUGAGGAGGUAUCCUAUGCUCAUUGUUGUGGUCUUCUACUUACCAAAUGUUGGUUGA